CCUUCCUCAUCACAGAGACAAACCCAUAAACUGGAACACCACUCACAGUUUCGUUCUCCAAAAUCCUCUUCUUUCAUUGCUCGAAAAAUGCAAACUUUUGUUCCAUUUGAAGCAAAUUCAAGCUCAGAUGGUAAUCACUGGCUUGAUUCUAGACCCAUUUGCUUCAAGCCGGUUAAUUGCUUUCUGCGCAUUAUCGGAAUCUCGGUAUCUCAAUUACUGUGUGAAGAUUCUUAAAGGUAUUGAGAACCCUAAUGCGUUCUCUUGGAAUGUGAUGAUUAGAGGAUUCUCUGAGAGUGAGAAUCCUAAAGAAUCGAUUUUGGUCUAUAAGCAGAUGCUGAGAGAUGGUUGUUGUGAGUCUAGACCGGAUCAUUUCACUUACCCUGUUUUGUUCAAGGUUUGUGCUGAUCUUAGGUUGAAUAGAUUAGGUCACAUGAUUCUUGGGCAUGUUUUUAAGCUGAGAUUGGAAUUGGUUAGUCAUGUGCAUAAUGCGUCUAUUCAUAUGUUUGCUUCUUGUGGUGAAAUGGAAAAUGCGAGGAAGGUGUUCGAUGAAAGUCCUGUGAGGGAUUUGGUUUCUUGGAAUUGUUUGAUUAAUGGUUAUAAGAAGAUUGGGGAGGCAGAGAAGGCGAUAGAUGUAUAUAAGGUGAUGGAAUCUGAAGGAGUUAAGCCGGAUGAUGUGACGAUGAUUGGGUUGGUUUCUUCUUGUGCAAUGUUGGGAGAUUUGAAUCGUGGGAAAGAGUUUUAUGAAUACGUAAAAGAAAAUGGACUGAGAAUGACAAUUCCUCUUGCUAAUGCUUUGAUGGAUAUGUUCUCAAAAUGCAGAGAUAUUAACGGGGCGAGAAGAAUAUUUGAUAAAUUGGAAAAGAGAACAAUUGUGUCGUGGACUACAAUGAUUUCAGGAUAUGCUAGAUGUGGUUUGCUUGAUGUUUCAAGGAAGCUUUUUGAUGAUAUGGAAGAGAAAGAUGUUGUGCUGUGGAAUGCAAUGAUCGGUGGAUCAGUCCAAGCCAAGCGUGCUCAAGACGCUUUGGCAUUGUUCCAGGAGAUGCAAACAAGUAACACAAAUCCUGACGAAAUCACCAUGAUCCAUUGCCUAUCUGCGUGUUCUCAGCUUGGUGCUCUUGAUGUUGGCAUUUGGAUUCAUCGUUACAUCGAGAAACACAAUCUUAGUCUCAACGUUGCGCUAGGAACUUCAUUGGUCGACAUGUACGCCAAAUGUGGUAACAUCUCAGAAGCUCUCAGUGUUUUUCACGGAAUUCAAACAAGAAACUCGCUUACAUACACAGCCAUAAUCGGAGGUUUAGCCCUUCACGGAGAUGCAUCUACUGCUAUAUCAUAUUUUGACGAAAUGAUUGAUGCAGGGAUAGCCCCAGACGAAAUCACUUUCAUAGGGUUAUUAUCAGCUUGUUGCCAUGCUGGAAUGAUCCAAACCGGCCGUGAUUAUUUCUCUCAGAUGAAGUCUAGAUUCAACCUAAAUCCUCGAUUGAAACAUUACUCUAUAAUGGUUGAUCUUCUAGGGAGAGCCGGGCUACUGGAAGAAGCGGACAAGCUCAUGGAAACUAUGCCAAUGGAGGCAGAUGCUGCGGUUUGGGGAGCUUUAUUAUUCGGUUGCAGGAUGCACGGUAAUGUAGAAAUGGGAGAGAAAGCGGCUAAGAAGCUUCUCGAACUUGAUCCCACUGAUAGCGGGAUCUAUGUGUUGUUGGAUGGCAUGUAUGGAGAGGCUAAUAUGUGGGAGGAUGCAAAGAGAGCGAGGAGGAUGAUGAACGAGAGAGGUGUAGAGAAGAUUCCUGGUUGUAGUUCCAUUGAGGUUAACGGAAUUGUCUCUGAAUUCAUCGUUAGAGAUAAAUCAAGACCGGAAUCUGAGAAAAUCUAUGAUUGCUUACAUUGUCUUGGAAGACAUAUGAGAUUACUUAGAAGUUAGAAACAAUGGGAUUGAAUUGAAAAAUGCUGAAUUUUAUUAAGGCAUCUUUGGUCUGAGCUAAUAUAGAAUGGGUUUGAGA